UGUCUGCGAUCAAGCUCCGAUCUUUUGUCCCACCUCUUCACUUCGACUUAUACCAACGACCAUUUCCACCACCACCACACCCACCCCAAUAACCCGACAAUUGUAUCGCUGAGCAACACCUCCGUCUGCCCACAAUGUCCGGAUUGAGGAUCCUGGUACCGAUCAAGCGGGUCAUUGACUAUACCCCGCAGGUCAAACCACGCGUCAACCGCGCCCAAACGGCUGUCGAAACCGCCAACGUCAAGCACAGCAUGAACCCGUUCGACGAGCUCUCCAUCGAAGAGGCGGUCCGGCUCCGCGAGCGCAAGGCCACCCCCGUCGAAGAAAUCGUCGCCAUCUCUGCCGGCCCCGCGAAAGCGCAGGACAUCCUCCGCACGGCCAUGGCCAUGGGCGCGGACCGCAGCAUUCACGUGCAGGUGGACGAGAAGGACGCAUUGGAGCCGCUGGGCGUAGCCAAGUUGCUCAAGAAGGUGGUGGACGAGCAGAAGAGUAAUCUGGUUAUCUUGGGGAAGCAGAGUAUCGAUGACGAUGCGGGGCAGACGGGCCAGAUGCUUGCGGGGCUGUUGAAUUGGCCACAGGCGACGCAGGCGAGUAAGGUGGAGGUGGAGGGGGAGAAGGUGACGGUGACUAGGGAGGUGGAUGGCGGGGUGGAGACGUUGAGGACGAAGUUGCCGAUGGUGAUUACGACGGAUUUGAGGUUGAAUGAGCCGAGAUAUGCGAGUCUGCCUAAUAUCAUGAAGGCGAAGAAGAAGCCGUUGGAGAAGAAGACGCUGAAGGAUUAUGGACUCGAUGCCGCGCCUAGGUUAAAGACGGUCAAGGUUACGGAUCCGCCGCAGCGACAGGGCGGUGUCAAGGUUGAGGAUGUCGAUGGCAUGAUUGGAAAGCUCAAGGAGUUGGGUGCGUUGUAAAGUAUGAGAGUUGAAAAUUUCGUAGCGUCUUUGUAAAUAGGGAGACGUGCUGGGAUAGACAAAGCAACAUUGCAUGAAUUAGACGAGUGAUGUACAGCCAUG